AUGGCAGGUGGUUCAGAGAAAAAUCUCAAGGCUGUUCCGGGGAAUCACACAGAUGUUGACCCAGCUACAAAAGACUUUGUCUUCCAGCAGACUAUGUACCGUAUCAAGGAUCCCGAAAGGUCAGUGGACUUCUACACCCGCGUCAUUGGCAUGCGGUUGCUCACGAAGCUGGACUUUCCUGAGAUGAAGUUUUCCCUCUACUUCCUGGGAUUUCAUUCUGCUGAUGCAACCCCUGAGGACCCUGCUGACAGGGUGGAGUGGAUGUUCUCUCAGCCUGCAACUUUGGAGCUGACCCACAACUGGGGGACAGAGAGCGACGAUAACUUCAAGGGGUUCCACAGUGGCAACGAUGAACCAAAGGGAUAUGGUCACAUCGGCCUCGCAGUGCCGGAUGUUGAGGCGGCAUGCAAGCGCUUUGAGGAGUUGGGAGUGGCUUUUGUGAAGAAGCCCAACGACGGCAAGAUGAAGCACAUUGCCUUCAUCAAGGAUCCCGAUGGUUACUGGAUCGAGAUCCUCAACCCCAAGAAUUCCAGGCAGUUUGCCUAG